GCAGACUCUUUUCAUUCACGGCUUCAACCAUCAUAGUUUCGACAGUUUCAAUUGUUCCAAUUCCCAAUUCUAAACCCUAGUUUUCUUCAGAGUGUCCUAAUCUCAAUCGGCCAUGGCACCAAAGGCAGAGAAGAAGCCAGCGGAGAAGAAGCCGGCGGAAGAGAAGAAGUCCACGGUGGCAGACAAGGCUCCGGCUGAGAAGAAACCAAAGGCCGGAAAGAAGCUUCCGAAGGAGGGAGGAGCCAGCGGCGACAAGAAGAAGAAGAGAAGCAAGAAGAGUGUGGAGACAUACAAGAUCUACAUCUUCAAGGUUCUGAAGCAGGUUCACCCUGACAUCGGUAUCUCAAGCAAGGCCAUGGGCAUCAUGAACAGCUUUAUCAACGACAUCUUCGAGAAGCUUGCUCAAGAAUCUUCCAGACUUGCCCGCUACAACAAGAAACCCACCAUCACUUCGAGGGAGAUUCAGACUGCGGUCAGGCUUGUGCUGCCCGGAGAAUUGGCCAAACACGCUGUCUCAGAAGGAACCAAGGCUGUUACCAAGUUCACUAGCUCUUGAACUAAGUAACCUCUUUCUUUCAGAAUGUUCUAUGUUUCUGUUAGGUCUGCUGUUAGAUUGAUUUAGUAGAUACAUUUUUAAUUGAAGAAACAGUGUUGGGUUGAUCUUAUGUAUGGAAGUGGUGUUGUUGAAAUUGUAGGGAUUUAUUUUGUCGGUAAGGCACAUGAAGAAAUUGGUGCUGUGGGAGGGUAUUAUAUCUUCAAGAUUCUGUAACUCCUUGUGUUUGUGUAAAGUAAUCUUUAGUAAAUUGUUCUUCUGAGUUCUCUAUUAGGUGCCAUGGAUAAA